AUGGGUGUAAACACGAUUAGCAACAUGAUGAAAACAACUGUGGCGGGUACUAGCCUUGAAGAAAGUCUCAAAAAGUUCACGAAUCACAGUGCUAGAAAGACAACAGUGAGCAAGCUAAAGAAAGCAAACGUUGAACGCUCAGAUAUUGUGAAGGUCACAGGCCAUCAAAGCGUACAAUCCCUUGACGAUUACGAUGAAGCCGACGAGGAAGAACAACGACGACUUUCCAGUGCAAUAUCCAAACGAAAUUAUGAAAACCCCAGUGCUGAGAAAAAGCGAAUGGCAGUUUCCGACAUCACAACAACUGUGGCUCCACUCGCUCCGCUAAACAUGAAAGUGCCCGUACCACACACAUUGGCCGGCCCAUCGAUGACAGCGACGAAAGAAAACCAAUUCCCUCCAUCACUUUCAGGUUUUCAAGCUCAGAAUUUCUCUGUGAAUCCAACCAUGAUGAGGUCCCAGGAACAGACCAUGAUUAACACGUUCAACAACUGUCAAGUGUCUUUCAUCAUUGGCCGCUCGAAGCGAGUUCCUGAGAUUUCAAAACGACAGCCCAGUUCUUGUAAACGCCGAGCGUUCAUUAUUGAGGAUGAUUCUGAUUGA